AUGGUUCUUUCCGUGGCAGAAAAAUCAUACCUUUAUGAUUCAUUGGCAUCGCAACCUUUAAUAAGGCCUGAUGGAAGAUUACAUACGCAGUUCAGACCUAUUGAAAUAUUCACAGAUUUUUUACCCAGUUCUAAUGGUUCAUCUCGAAUAAUUGCUAGUGAUGGGAGUGAAUGUAUAGUGAGCAUAAAGUCAAAAGUUGUAGACCAUACGGUGGAGACGGAUCUUUUACAAGUGGAUAUAAAUAUAGCUGGUGAGAGAGAUGAUUCCAUGAUCGUGGAAACUUUGACGUCGCUCUUGCAUAAAGUUUUGACAUCUGAGGAUGGUAUUGACGUAAAGAAAUUACAAUUAACUAAGAAAUACAGUUUCAAAAUUUUCGUAGAUGUGUUGAUCAUAUCUACUUAUUCGUACCCGGCAUCGUUAAUUUCCAUGGGUAUUUAUUGUGCAUUAAAUUCCACUUGGUUACCCAAGAUCAUUUCUGCAUUUGAUGAUUUGGAAGUGGCGGAAUUACCGACUUUCCAUGAUUAUGAUCUAGUUAAGCUUGAUGUGAAGUCGCCCUUAAUCUUUGUGUUAGCAAUUGUAGGGGAUAAUAUUUUCCUGGAUCCAGCAUCUAAUGAAAGCGAAGUGGCUAACAAUGGGUUGAUAAUUACAUGGUCUCCUCAAGGCGGGAAGGUUAUUUCUCCCGUGAAGACUAUUGCAUUGAAUGACACAUUUAUCAAAGGGUUCAACCCAAUACUGCUGAAGAAGGGAAUUAAAUUGGUAGAGGAGAAUGCAUCGAGUGUGGCACAGGCCUUAGAAACUUUGUAG